AUGAAGGUUAACAAGUUCAGCAACACCUUUGAAGAAGCCAUUAACCUUGAUGACGACGAUUUCGUGAACAUUCAUUCAGGAGGUUCUAGUGUGGUGAUGCUCAGUAGGGAAUCAUUAGCAAAAAAGAAGGUGAAAUGUCAUUUUGAAAAAGGUGAAUCAAGUGUUAGUGUCUGUAAGAAAAACAAAAGGAAAGAUGAACAUUAUGAAGAUAGUGAAGCUGAUCUUGAUGUUAAUGUAAGAAGAAGUGGUAGGAAAAAAACUAAAGUCAUAAAAAAUGAAGUUUUAAAGGAAGUUGAUAAUAAGAAAAGAAUGAAGAAAAGAAAAUCGAAAAUAAAGAAUGUAGUAGAAAAUGAAGAUGUAGCUGUUGAGGACAACACAACUAAAGAGUUGCCAAAAAUAAGUUGUCGUAUGUCCCCAAAAUCAAUGUAUAUGGUGGUAAAGGGAAUGUCAUACAGUCAGAAAGAAAUGCUUACGUAUGCGGACAAAGUAGUUUUGAAUGGCUAUAAUCUCCGCAGAUCAAGGCCAUUGAUAAAACAGAUUGACUCAGUGGAUUUGGAAAUGUUGGAGGAGCAUGGAUUGAGAAUGGGAAAAUUUGUAACAUUGGAGUUUCGUGGAGACGGGGAAGUGGAUCUUAUUGAUGUAAAUGGUGAUGAGGAUAAGCUGGUAGGGGUGGAAUCAACUGAAAUGCUAUAUUGUAGGAUCUGUGAUGAUAAGAAAAAAAAAUUGAGGAAGCAAUUAAGAAGGGGUUAG